UAUGAUGUAAUAUUUAAUGGCAAACUAAUUACAUCACACGAACUAUGAUAACUAAAAUGCAACCUCAAGCCAACGUCGCUGUGCCUCAAUCUGUCACCACACAGCCUCAGCAAAUAGUCGGUGUCCCCGCAAAUGCCGUAAUAUUGAAGAUGUCUGACAUCCAGCAAAUAUCGACAGUCGGGCUCCUAGAGCUCGCGCACCGGGAGUACCAGGCGGGUGACUACGAGAGCGCCGAGCUGCACUGCAUGCAGCUCUGGCGACAGGACAGCUCCAACACGGGAGUCCUCCUGCUGCUCUCGUCCAUACACUUCCAGUGCCGGCGGCUGGACAAGUCUGCGCACUUUUCGACGCUGGCGAUAAAGCAAAAUCCUUUAUUGGCGGAAGCGUAUAGCAACCUGGGAAAUGUGUUCAAAGAGCGUGGUCAACUGCAAGAGGCUCUGGAGAACUACAGACACGCCGUCAGAUUGAAGCCAGACUUCAUAGAUGGCUACAUCAACCUGGCUGCGGCGCUGGUCGCAGCCGGGGAUAUGGAGCAGGCCGUGCAGGCCUACGUCACAGCACUUCAAUAUAAUCCUGACCUAUACUGCGUCAGGAGCGACCUGGGAAAUUUGCUCAAGGCGCUGGGCCGCCUGGACGAGGCAAAGGCUUGUUACUUGAAGGCCAUCGAAACUAGGCCAGACUUUGCAGUGGCAUGGAGCAACUUGGGAUGUGUAUUUAACGCCCAGAGCGAGAUCUGGUUGGCCAUUCAUCACUUUGAGAAGGCCGUGGCCUUGGAUCCCAACUUUUUGGACGCCUACAUUAACUUGGGAAAUGUUCUCAAGGAAGCAAGGAUUUUUGACAGGGCCGUAGCCGCCUACCUACGCGCAUUAAACCUAUCACCGAACAACGCUGUCGUGCACGGCAACCUGGCCUGCGUCUACUACGAGCAGGGCCUCAUCGACCUGGCCAUCGACACCUACAGGAGAGCCAUCGAGCUCCAACCCAACUUCCCCGACGCCUACUGCAACUUGGCGAACGCCUUGAAAGAGAAAGGCCAAGUCGCCGACGCUGAAGAGUGCUACAACACCGCGCUCCGUCUCUGCCCCUCACACGCUGAUUCUCUCAACAAUUUAGCCAACAUCAAACGUGAACAAGGCUACAUUGAAGAAGCUACAAGACUAUACCUCAAGGCAUUGGAAGUCUUCCCAGAAUUCGCCGCUGCCCACAGCAACUUAGCCUCGGUCCUCCAACAACAAGGCAAGCUCAAUGAAGCCCUCAUGCAUUACAAGGAGGCUAUCCGCAUCCAGCCGACUUUCGCGGAUGCUUACAGCAACAUGGGUAACACGCUUAAAGAGAUGCAAGACGUCGCGGGAGCGCUCCAGUGUUACACCAGAGCCAUCCAAAUUAACCCAGCCUUCGCUGACGCCCACAGCAACCUUGCCAGCAUCCACAAAGACUCAGGAAACAUUCCUGAAGCUAUUCAGUCUUACAGAACCGCCCUGAAGCUGAAGCCUGACUUCCCUGAUGCGUACUGCAAUCUUGCACACUGCUUGCAAAUCGUAUGCGACUGGACGGACUAUGAAGCACGAAUGAAGAAAUUAGUCAGCAUUGUUGCUGAACAGUUGGAUAAGAACAGGCUUCCAUCUGUCCAUCCGCAUCAUUCCAUGCUGUACCCACUAACACAUGACUUUAGAAAGGCUAUCGCCGCUCGCCACGCGAACCUCUGCUUAGAGAAAGUCCAAGUGCUACACAAACCACCAUACAAGUUCCCUCGCGAUCUCCAAGGCCGUCUUCGUAUCGGUUACGUGAGCAGUGAUUUCGGAAACCAUCCAACAUCGCAUUUGAUGCAAUCUGUACCAGGAUUGCAUGAUCGUAACAAGGUUGAGAUCUUCUGCUACGCUCUAAGCACAGAUGACGGCACAACGUUCCGCUCUAAGAUCGCCAGAGAGGCUGAGCACUUCAUAGAUCUGUCCCAGAUGCCCUGUAACGGAAAGGCCGCUGACAAAAUCUACGCAGACGGUAUCCAUAUUCUUGUGAACAUGAAUGGAUACACCAAGGGAGCUAGGAAUGAGAUUUUCGCGCUUCGACCCGCGCCUGUUCAAGUCAUGUGGCUGGGUUACCCAGGAACCAGUGGAGCCAGCUACAUGGACUAUCUAGUAACUGACGCCGUCACAUCUCCUCUAGAACUAGCCAGCCAAUACAGUGAGAAGCUCGCUUACAUGCCUAAUACAUACUUCGUCGGUGAUCAUAAGCAAAUGUUCCCUCACCUUCAAGAGCGUCUAAUCUUAAGCGACAAAAUUAAAUCCCACAACAACCUGGGCAGCCUAGCGGACAACGUUGCGGUCAUUAACGCUACGGAUCUGUCGCCAUUAGUGGAGAACACGGAUAUUAAGGAGAUUAAGGAAGUGGUGAGAGCAGCUCGCCCGGUGGAGAUAUCGCUGAAAGUUGCAGAGUUACCGACGACAACGCCUAUUGAGACUAUGAUUGCUUCCGGACAAGUUCAGACAUCAGUAAACGGUGUAAUACUCCAAAACGGCCUGGCCACCACUCAAACCAACAACAAAGCGGCAACCGGCGAGGAGGUCCCACAGUCCAUAGUAAUCACCACCCGACAACAAUACGGUCUGCCGGACGACGCUGUAGUGUACUGCAAUUUCAACCAGCUGUACAAAAUAGAUCCACUCACAUUGCAUAUGUGGGUGUACAUAUUGAAGCAUGUGCCCAACAGCGUGCUAUGGUUGCUGAGGUUCCCUGCGGUUGGGGAACCGAAUCUGCAAGCCACAGCUCAACAGUUAGGUUUGCCACCCGGCCGCAUAAUCUUCUCGAACGUAGCGGCCAAAGAAGAGCACGUGCGACGAGGACAGCUGGCUGACGUUUGCCUGGACACUCCCCUGUGCAACGGACACACAACUAGUAUGGACAUCUUAUGGACCGGCACGCCCGUCGUCACGCUACCUGGAGAGACGUUAGCUUCGAGAGUGGCAGCUUCACAACUCAACACACUGGGAUGCCCAGAAUUAAUAGCUAGGACGAGGCAAGAAUAUCAAGACAUAGCUGUAAGAUUAGGAACCGAUAAGGAAUAUUUAAAAGCCAUCCGCGCGAAAGUAUGGGCGGCGCGAACGGACAGCCCGCUCUUCGACUGCAAAGCGUACGCCACCGGCCUAGAGAUGCUCUAUCACGCCAUGUGGGAGCGCCACGCGCGCGGCGAGCGGCCCGACCACCUAGCCGCCAUCGACAAGUAGUAAUCCACCCGCCAAGGCUACGUCGGGAGCGUAUUAUGUACAUUAGUGUCGGACUUAUCACGUUGCUGAGUUACGACAUAUCUAACUCGGUAAUGGCGUCGUCGUUAAAUGUGUUUAAAAAGUGACAGACUAGAAUGCAUCUAAUCUCAAUACUAAGCGAUAGUGUUUAAGGACAUCGCGGAUGCUUUGGUGCAUUAGGAUUAUGUGUACAAGUGCUAAUGAAGUUAGUUGAGUUUCUACUCAAAACCUUACAUGAUAAGGUUUUUCUUUAGUAUUGGUUUAUUUAACGUGUUAAAAAAACGUGACUACAGACUAAAGUGCAUCAAAUCAAAAGCGAUAGUAAAUAGUGUAAAGAUUACGCGGACAAAAGUUGUGAUGCAUUAGCGUUAAUUAAUACGAGUGGUAAAGAUCAUAUAUAUUUCACCUUGUUAAAGUAACUCAGGAUGUUGAUAACCUUACGUUAUGAUGAGCUCAUAAAUUUCUUGCUUUAGAUUGUUAUCAUGCAAUGACAUAAUAAUGUAAUUUUCCUAGUACCGUUUAGGGUAUGUUACAUUGAAGAUGUUAAACAUGAUCUGAAUGCGUCCUGGUUUCGUACUGUGAUCAGUGUCAGUGGCAAAAGACAAAGUGAGAAAACUUUGAGUGCAGCAACUAUGAGUGUGACAAUAUCCUGAGAAUUUCCUCCCCUGCUUGUGAAAACCCGUCUACUUAGUUUUUCUAGUCAAUAGUUUGUGUAAUUUGGGCAGAUUUUUAUUGGGUUGAAGGGUUUUUCCGUUAGAUUAAAUUAAGUUUUGGAAAGUUUUGCUCUAAUAAAAAUAGAAUUCGUAAUCGCCAAGUUACUCAGCGAUUGCCAGUUUAGAUUUUUCCUAAAUCAGGCAAUACUGUAUAGCAGAAUUGCACUUAUAAAUCUGAAAAAAAAACGACAAAGUAAAAAUCUGCUUUUAUUUCGCAAAUAAUAUAUUUUUUGAAGCUAAAAGUAUAUAGCAAUAGAAAUGUGGCCUUUAUACAGCUGGUUGCUGUUUUAACUGUGUUUGCAGUGCGACAUAGGUACUCAUAUAAUGAAAUGUAUGAAAUAAAUCAGUCAUGUCGAAAAUAUUUAUGGAUGUUUUCGAAUGAAACAAUGUUUAGUUUCACAGUUGAUAACAUUGACGCCUGACAGGCGAAUCUUUUGUGUAUGACUAAUAAUGUAUGUACUACGUGGAUACCAUAAAAAUACUAAAUGCUUUUUAUAAGCAAAGUUACGACACAUUUGAAGUUGCCAAAAAUAAUAAUAUUAAUUAGAUUGAACAAAAAAUUCGAAACCCAGUAAGAUUAACGUUUACAUUUGUAUCGUUUCAUCUUUAAAGAGCUGAAAAUAUACAGUCAAACUUGAGACAAGCUCAUUAUCAUUAGAAAGUGUAUAUCGUUAUGUUGUAUCAGACACACAAGUCUAAGUCAAUGACAACUAUUCAAAUGUUUCAACAAGCUACCAAUUCUAUUGUUAAUAUCUGAGGGCCUAUCGAGAACAUCGAUUUUAAAUAAUGUCUGGCAUCUUUCUCUGUAACUUUGUGAGAAUAGUAGGACGGUGCUCGCAAUUCGCCAACUUUGAUGUUCGCGUUAGUGUAGGGCCUGAGUGCACACGGCAUGCAGCGGGACGGGGCAAACAAUUUAAGCUUAUACAACGCUGCAUACAUCCCGCCGAACUGAACGCUCCAAGCGUCCACUUAGUGUGACUCAGUCCUUACACUUACGGCUCAGCCACGACAUUGGUCUAAGCGCGACAGCGGUGAGCGGCGGCCAUACAUGUGAGACACAGCGUAUGGCUGCCGCUCCCCGCUGUCGCGCUUAGACCAAUGUCGUGGCUGGGCGGUUAGGUCCUCCGCGUAAGGGCUACGUAAGACUGAAAAGAUCCAAGCUGCAACUGACAAGUUCAUUAGUUCAAUUUUACAGUCACUCAGUGGGUUUCUUCUUAUAGUUGUUAAGAUAGACUCUAAAGUAUUGUGAUAGUAUAUCUAAUGGCUAUGCAUAGACAUUGUUAUUAGACGUGAUGUUAUUUCUCAAUAAGCGACAUCUGCCGUUGUAAUAGCUCAGGAUAUUUAUUUUGUUGUACGUCAACGAAUUUAAUUUAAACAUAGUUUGUGCCUUUAGUUAAAGAUUUUGUAAAUAUUAUCACUAAGGAUGUUUUCUUUGAUACCAUGUCAUCAUGAACUAUUUCUAACACCUGUUAACUACUGAUAGAUGUACCUAUCUUAAAAUAUAAGCUGUAGAAGUCCUUUUAAAAAAGAAUUUAACCCUUUGAGUACCCUUUCAUUCGCGGCGCUUUUCGUGAACCUUGUCAGAAUGCAAGAGCGCGUCAGCUGACAUUCUAGGCAAUCAAAGGGUUAAACUUUGGAAAGUGUGUUAAUAUGCAUUUAACAUCGCUUUUUUGAAUUACACGCUGUAAUCUAUUACAAUGUGUUUCGGUUUACUAAAGAGGUAUAUUUUUUUACAUUUCAGUAUUUUCGGCUAGGGACAUGCAUGAACUUUCGAGUAGGCGAAUUAAUCCUUGACUAUUUAUUGCGUACAAAAGAGAUGUUGACAAGUUAUUGUGACAAGCCCAGUUGAUAACUUUGUAACUUGCAGUUGAUUUUAUUGUAAAUAGCUAGCUUAAGGAUAGAAAUAAAUAACGAAACAAUGA